AAAAAAAAAAGAACGACGAGUCGACGACGAAACGACAGCAGGAUUUGCCGAGUUCAGCUCUCGUUAAUCUUUUCUUUCUGGCACCGGGCACCCCAACUUCCGCUCAAUUCCCUCGUCUGAGCUUUCUCCGAAUUCUUUCUUCCUUCCCGUCAGGAGAUUCCAGGGCAAGUGAAGGGGAAAAGCCAGAAAAAGAAGGCAAAAACUUCAAUAGCAGCCAGGGAGCCGAAGCCUCUCAGGCAUGGCGCUUUCACGGCUCAGACAUCCGGUGAUCUCACGGGCAUCCUCUCUUGUUAGAGCUCGCUUUCUCUCCCACUACGCUGACUCCUCCACCAGAUCCUUGUCCCGCUCGUCAUGCUGUCAGAAUUCUCUUGGUGAUGGAAACAGCCUGCUGUUAAGGCCAUCUUCAUUAUCUGUUAUCAAGGGAUCACAUGAUAGUUUCUUGAAAGUGAAGUUACACAGUGGUAUCAGGCAUUUCUCUUCAGAGGUUCCAGCACACAUGGUUGUCGGGAUGCCAGCUUUGUCCCCUACAAUGACUCAAGGUAACAUUGCAAAAUGGCAUAAAAAAGAAGGGGAUAAGAUAGAAGUUGGUGAUAUACUAUGUGAGAUAGAGACAGAUAAAGCCACUCUUGAAUUUGAAAGCCUUGAAGAGGGGUAUUUGGCUAAAAUAUUGGUACCUGAAGGUUCAAAAGACGUACCUGUCGGGCAGGCCAUUGCUAUAACAGUUGAGGAUGCAGAUGAAAUCCAAAAUGCCCCUGGAAGUGUUGCGAGUGGCUCAAAGGUUAAUGAGGACAAAGCAUCUGACUCAGAUGUUAAAACUGAAGAUAUGACACAUGACAAGAGUCCUGUUCAGUUGAACGCAUCAGACCUUCCCCCCCAUAUUGUGCUUGGAAUGCCAGCACUAUCUCCCACAAUGAACCAAGGUAAUAUUGCCAAGUGGUGGAAAAAGGAAGGCGAUAAGAUAGAAGUGGGCGACAUAAUAUGCGAGAUAGAGACAGACAAAGCUACUCUUGAGUUUGAAAGUCUCGAAGAAGGGUAUUUAGCUAAGAUAGUGGCCCCAGAAGGUUCAAAAGAUGUUGCCGUGGGAGAACCUAUUGCAAUAACAGUUGAAGAUCCCAGUGACAUUGAUAUUGUAAAGAGCUCUGCUGCGAUGGGGCCGGGGGUCAAAGAAGGAAAAUCAGCACCUCCUGCUACUAAACAUGAAACUCAGAGACCUCAAGCCAGUGUGAGAAGGAUCAGUCCAUCUGCUAAGUUACUGAUCUCAGAGCAUGGGUUGGAUGCAUCUUCAUUGAAUCCAUCAGGGUUUCAUGGUACACUGCUUAAGACAGACGUUUUAGAGGCUAUAAGAUCAGGAAAAGGAUCUAAAAUCAAAUCACAAACUAAGGAGAAAGUUGCACCAGUGCCUCAGAAAAGCCAACAACCUUCUUCCACACCCCCAACACAGCAUUCAGAUACUUUCGAAGACAUACCCAAUUCUCAAAUACGCAAGAUCAUAGCAAAGAGGCUGUUGGAAUCAAAGCAGACUACCCCACAUUUAUACUUGUCCACAGAUGUCAUUCUAGAUCCUCUUCUCUCUUUCAGAAAGGAGCUUAAAGAGAAGCAUGAUAUCAAAGUUUCGGUGAAUGACAUAGUCAUCAAAGCUGUUGCUGUUGCUCUAAAGAAUGUGCAAGAAGCUAAUGCUUACUGGGAUGAUGAGAAAGGGGAGAUCAUUCCCUGUGAUUCUGUUGAUAUCUCAAUUGCAGUUGCCACCGACAAGGGUUUGAUGACUCCUAUUAUUAAAAAUGCAGACCAGAAAUCCAUUUCUGCUAUCUCCUUGGAGGUUAAGCAACUGGCUGAGAAAGCUCGGGCAGGGAAGCUUGCUCCACAUGAGUUUCAAGGAGGAACAUUCAGCAUUUCAAACUUGGGUAUGUAUCCUGUCGACCAGUUUGCUGCAAUAAUCAACCCACCACAGGCGGGCAUACUAGCAAUUGGCAGAGGGAACAAAGUAGUCGAGCCAGUCGUUGGAAGUGAUGGAACUUUGAUUGCCGCGGUUGUGAACAAAAUGAUCUUGACUUUAUCUGCUGAUCACCGUGUUUUUGAUGGCCAAGUCGGAGGUGCAUUUCUCUCUGCUCUUCGAUCAAACUUCAGUGAUAUUAAAAGACUACUUCUAUGAGAGACGAACUUCUCUAGCCAAGCCGAAUAAUUUUGCAAGAGGUUGGCCAGAGCAGAGGUGUUCAUUCUGGUGGUAGCCGUUAGGGGACCUCUUUUUUACUUGUAAUUCUUUUGAAACCAUUUUCGUGUGGUUCACGCUUUGAUCAGGAAGAAGAAGCUUUGCUUACUUGGUAGAUAGCGAUCAGAAUAAUGAUCCAAAAGAAACAAAAAUGUAAGUUUUGCAGAAUUGGUCGACUCAAUAAAUUGUUAAUUCCAUGAUUAAGAUUUUCCAGAACAAACAUGACUUGAGUUGUGAAA